CCGUAUGCAUUGAUAUAGAACUCUAAAACAACUUUUCAAAAAUAAAUACAUAUAUAAAAGUGAAUCUAUACAACAAUUAUAAGAGUCUCUUCCUCAACUCCUAAAUCUCAAUCCCAAUCCCUUGAAUCUUUUACUAUCAUGACACCAAUGGUGGUGGAUGGUUGUGAUAAUGACAGAAUUUCGAAACUUCCUGAUGCAUUGAUCCAUCACAUUCUCUCGUUUCUACCAACUAAAGAUGUGGUUCGUACAUGCAUUCUUUCAAAGCGCUGGAAACCCAUCUGGUAUUCGGACCCCACACUCUAUUUUUCAAUUUAUAAUAAUAAUCAUACUACUUAUGAUCAUGAUUAUAUUGAAAACUUUUACAAUUUUCUCAAUAAUUGUUUAGAACAACGCAAAGCUAUGUAUCAUAAUACUGAUGAUGUUUCGGCCAUAACUAGUUUUAAGCUUUACAUAUAUUGGGAUUAUCAAAAAAGUAAGGCUACCAUUAUAGAUAAAUGGCUAGACUUUGCUAUUGAUAAUAAUGUUAAGGUAAUAAGUCUUAUGAUAGGCCCUGAGGAAAUUGGUAACAUGUUUAAGUUCGAUUAUUGCUUACCUAAAAUAAUAGACAAGGCAAGAUAUUUGACUAUUUUGGAGUUGGAUGGAGUAGAGUUGGAUACUAAUUCUUGUUCAUUUAGUUUUCCAUUUUUAAAAACUUUGUCAUUGAAUGAUGGUUGGAAUUCAGAGAAUGCAAAGGAGGAUGGGGUAGUUAAAUUUUUGUUGAAUUGCCCAUCUAUUGAGAAAUUGGAGUUGAGAGAUUAUAGUUUCUUAGGUAAUAAUCAUAAUGUUUGCUUGGAGAGUUUGAGCCUCAAAUUCUUGGGACUUGUAUUUGAAAAUGAGGAACAUAAUCAUUUACAAAUUCAAGUUGACGCCAUAAACCUUGAAUCUUUGGUACUAGAAAAUGUUUUAUUGGACAAAAUUUACUUUAGGAACAAUGACAUGUUGUCAUUUGAUGCUCUCAUUUCAAAUAUUCCUCCAAUUGAGAAUUUGACUCUAAGAAGUUGCAAUACAAAGAAGAAGCACCUUAAAAUCUCGAGUCAACACUUGAAGUUUUUCCAUUUUCACCAAAGUUGCUCUAAUGAUUGUCACUUGAACAAGGUCACAAUUGAAUCUGCUCCAAAAUUAGCUUACAUUUGUUAUGAGGGCAGUCCCAAUUUUUGCAUAUCAAUGAAGUCAUCUAGUUCGAUAAAUGGAAAAAUUGAAAUUCGCGGCUACUGGCAGGGAAACUAUGGCAUAAAAGAGUUUAUUGGUGUGCUGAAUUUUCUUGUGAAUCUCAGUUACUCUUGGAAUAUUGUGGAAUUGUUUGUUGGCACAGAAAAGGCACUCAUUUGGCCAAUAAACUUGCCCAAAAAUUUGAAGAACCUAUUUCGUUAUCCUUUGCUUAAUUGGAAGCGUCUUAGAGUUAUUACUUAUGUUAUGCCUGAGAACGAGUCAGACUUGAAGGAAGCCUUGAUGUGGAUUUCACCCUCUUUAGAAUCAUUAUCUUUUAACAAAAAGGUCAUAUUUUAGUUUAUUGAGAUCAAUGAGAUUAAACUUUUGUUAUAUUUUCUUCUGAAGUAGCUGAUAUUGCUCUAUUUAUUAAUGUUGGAAGAUUACUUUUUAUACCUUUGCUGAAUUUAAACUUCAAUGAGGAAUAAUCCAAGAAUUGGUGUUGGAAUAUUCUAAGGGCUGAAUAAAGAGAGAGAUGAGUUCAUUUGAUUAGAUUUAAUAGCUUGAAAAGAAAAGUUAAUGUGGAGAAAUUGUGGGCUAAAUGCUUUGAGUAACUGCUCUUGUAUGGCUUAUACAAACUCGGAUAUCAGUGGAGAAGGCAGUGGCUAGAUGAAUAGUUUGGUUCAGAGAUCUUUUUCGAUGAUAUUCGAUGAUUUCGAUCGUGGGAGUCAAACUAGCUCUUGACAUGGCCAUUUCUAUUGCUGUUGUAGAAGCUUUGGAGUAAAAGAAG